CAAAUCAAGCUAACGUUAGCUAGUUCACUGAAGUACAUUAAGUAACUACAGAAUGUCAGAUAGACCUAAAUUGGUAUUUAAAUCUGGUUUUAGAUAGAUAAAGAUCAUAAGCAGGUAUUAAAGUAGUCCGUGUACUGUGUACAGAUAACUGAAAAGUGUUUUUUAAUGAAUUAGCUUGGUGCUUCUGGAAGGACGACAGAGGAUGUCGGACUGGAUCUGCUGUAACUUGUGCUUCAAGCCUCCAGGACGGGAGAGACAACUGGCUCUGACUAACUGCGGUCAUAUCAUCUGCAGUGUGUGCUUUCAAAAAGGAAAAGAAGACGAGUGCUUGAUCUGCAAGGCAAAAUGUCAGCUGUCUCCACUAUCAGACAAAAGCAGCUCCGAGGUCAAGGCACUCUUCUCAGACAUCGGCACGACUGCCGUUAAACGCUUCACAGAGAUAAGCAAGGUCCUGCAGUUCCAGUCGAGACACCAGAAAAGGUUGCUAGCGUACUAUCAGCAGAAGCAUGUCAAAAUGAAGGAGGCCGUCAUCAAAAUGCAAGAAGAGAUGCAACAAAUGUCCAAAAAGAUCACAGAGCAGAAAGCCUACAUAACAAAGUUAGAAUUAGUUCUUCAACAGCAAAGUUCCAGAUUGGUAUCUCAGUCUAACAGGGAUUUACACGCAUCAAACAGUUUCAAACCUGGCCAUUUUUCAUCUCCGUCUGUAUCACUGCCCUCAGUGACAAAAAUCCCGUACUCUUCUCCAGUGUCUCUGUCCCGUCAUGUAUCCACCACCAGCCUCAGUGAAAACAUGGAAAUUGAGAACAGGAGUUUCCCCGGGAAACCAUCAAUGUCUGGAAGCGUUCCCAGACUCUGUGUCAUCAGCCCACCACAAGAUGGCCGGAUAGGUACGGUACCUUACAGAAUAGCAGGCCAGAACGCCAUGGGCAGCCACUUGGUGCGAGGCACCCCUGUCAGCAGAGGACUCUCCAGUAGCCUGAAGGAACCGGCGCUGACCUCGCCCAGCAUUGCGCCAUAUCGCAGAGAGGCAGCGUGGGAAACGCCGGUAUUCAAAGUGCCUCCGACUUUCAGAUAUCCUUCCAUGUCCUCUCUGGGACCCCCGCCAUGACAUAUUCAAGCACGAUCUUAAAAUAUCAGCAGUGGCCGCAGAACAAGAGGGUCAUUCUUACACUGACCGCUACCCUGGAAACACAACAGAUUCACUGUAAUACAAGGUCAAGUUAAAGCUAAACCAUCUGCAGGAACACCAGAGAACGCACAUUCAUGCAUAUUUACAGAUCUCUAACUUCCCCUCAGCGGAUGCCCCCGUACUUUAGUUAACCCAGCACUUCGGGGUAUGAAAUAAUAGCUCUAAUGUUUUCUUUUCUUUUAACGUCUUCGUGUUCGCAGUAAUUAAUUACAGACCAGCGUGAGUGAGCUCUGAAUGGAUAUUAAUGCGCCGUCAUGUGAUUCGGUGUGUCAGCAGCACCUGAGCGUCUACGCAGACAGAUUCCUCCAACACACGAAUACCAUCAAUGAAUCAUUUAAACCUGGUCACUCAUUAUUCAUCUGAUAAAUUAAAGCCGUUUUAUGAAGUUG